UAUUAUAAUUUAUUUGCUAAUGGGGCUGGGUGUGCGCGCCCCCGCCUCGGUGCGCGUUCACGCCGGCAGCGGUCGACGUUCAAUCACCAAGCCCCUGCGUGCAAACGCAUGUGCCGGCGAGAGUCCGAGAGUUCAGGCGGCUGCAAGCUGGUGUUUGUCUGCCAAGUGGCGGGCAGGGGAGAGCGGAGCGGGUGGGUAGUAAAAAGUACGGCACAGCCAGUGUGACCCGAUGGGAGGAGAGGUAGGUUGGGACAGAAGGGCAGGGCUGGCAGGGUGCGGUCUUGAGCGGCAAACUGAUCUUUCGGAUUCCUUCAAUUUCCAUUUCAGCUGGGAAUCGUGCGCCACAGGGACGCAUUCAGAGCCAACCAGAAAAGCGCAAACCACUGUGGGGACACACUUUGACCACUACCCAAAAGCAAAGAACAGCUCCAGGUCCGUCUGUGGCCGUUUCUCACAGCAGCAGAGCUUUGAACCUGUCUGCCAAAAUAAACGGACUUUCCUAUUUAUUCUCAUGUCUGCACUUCAACUCAGAAAAGGGAGCUUCGUAGUGUGAAGGGGACGGCAUCUCCUGCUGCUCCAUGGCUGCGUCUGAUUCGGCGGAGUCUCCUUUUGCGCACCAAGGAUGGAGGGAAUUAGGGACUCGGUGAUACACUCCUAAAGAUUGUGUCCACCCCCCUCCCGUACCCCGUGGGGAAAAUAAGGAGCUGCAAGCGGGCAGGGGGUAGCCUAAUACGACGGGGAUUUGCGAUCUUGCCACUCCGGCUCGGAGUGUCCGCCGGUGUGCCUGGAAUGCGGCUGUACGCAUGUUUGGCGUUUUUCACCGGCUGCGCCUUGAUUCUCUCUCCGGUCAAUGAGAGCUGCGGACCGGGAAGGGGGUACGGCAAGCGGCGACCGCAGAGGAAGCUCACACCGCUCUCAUACAAACAGUUCAGUCCCAACGUGGCCGAAAAAACCUUAGGGGCAAGCGGAAGAUACGAGGGCAAAAUAACCCGGAAUUCGGAGCGAUUUAAAGAGCUUACUCCCAACUAUAAUCCCGACAUCAUCUUCAAAGAUGAAGAGAAUACAGGUGCAGACCGCCUGAUGACACAGCGUUGCAAAGACAAGCUGAACUCUCUGGCCAUCUCAGUGAUGAACCUUUGGCCUGGGGUCAAACUGCGUGUCACCGAGGGCUGGGACGAGGACGGCCACCAUUCCGAGGAGUCUCUGCACUACGAGGGCCGAGCGGUCGACAUCACCACCUCUGACCGCGACCGCAACAAGUACGGCAUGCUGGCCCGGCUGGCCGUGGAGGCUGGCUUCGACUGGGUCCACUACGAGUCCAAGGCCCAUGUGCACUGCAGUGUCAAAUCAGAGCACUCCGUGGCGGCCAAGACGGGAGGCUGUUUCCCUGGAGGAGCUCGCAUCAUCACCGAGGGAGGGGUCACCAAGACUAUGCGGGACCUGCGGCCAGGGGAGCGGGUCCUGGCCUCGUCGGGGGUCGACGGCAGAGGGGAGCUGGUCUACAGUGAGGUCCUGGCCUUCCUGGACAGCGACCCCGAGGCUCGCAAGCACUUUUACGUCAUCGGGACUGAGGCUGGGGAAAGGCUGCCUCUCACUGCCGCCCAUCUGCUCUUCGUCUCCGAGGGGAACUGCUCGGGGUGGGUGGCGGGGAGCGGCUUGCGGGCGGUCUUUGCCAGUGACGUGCAGCCUGGACAGUGCGUGGUGUCCGCUGCGGAUGGCAGGGGGCGCCUGUCACGCGUGGCCUGGGUGCACAUCCGCGAAGAGCGAGGCGUGUUUGCCCCACUCACACGGCACGGCACCGUGGUGGUCAACGGCGUCCUGACCUCCUGCUAUGCCGUCAUGGACCAGCACCACCUGGCCCACUGGGCUUUCGCGCCACUGCGCGCACUGUACAGCUGGGUCGGGCCGCUCGGUCGUCGAGCCGAUGGCAUACACUGGUAUUCCAGCGCCCUCUACUGGAUUGGGACGCUGCUGCUGGACUCAGAACGGUUCCACCCCUGGGGUGUGGCAGACCCUGAGAGAUGAAGGAGGGCAUGAAAUAGGAGUGAGUGUGAGAGAGAGA